GGAAGACAGCCAGGUGGAGAUGAAGGGGCAAGAGGAUGGGCAGAGAGUGUGGGAACUAAGGUAAGUCUUUUCUAUCAAAGCAAGCCUUGGUUACUCCAUUUUGUUCCUGUGUCCUCUGAGACACUCUCCUCCGAGCCCCACCCCUCUUCCCUCUUCUCCCAGUAACAAUUUGUUUCAAAUUAGCCAACUGAGAAGAAUGUGCCCCCUGACCUGACCAAUGGGAAGGAGACAGAUACACCACCUGCUUUAGGGAUAAAUAGGCGGGGUCUUCUUGGCACGCUUUUUGAGCAUCCUGCCCUUCUGCAGAAGUCAAAGCCUUGUCCAAAUCUGCCCAUGUUCGUGUGUCUCAUGUUCGGACACUGACGAUCCGAGCCAAGAGAGAGGGAGGAGGAGGGUUUGACUCAGACUGAAGGGGAGUCAGGGACCCAUGUAACCGCAGCUGGAUCUGAGUCACAUUGUAAGAUCGCCCCCUGGUGGCAUAAUGGAGAACUGGCAGGGAGACAGGGCUGGUCCACCUCUGCUUCUACCCUCUCUCUGGCCCUCUCACAGUCAUGAAAAGUGUGGCAGCCUGAGCCAGGCCAACCUCAGUUGCUCGAAUAGCCUCUCGUCUUCUAGCCUCAGUUUCUCCAUUAACAGAAUGGGGACAAAAUGCCCCCAGACCCUUGCCAAGCUAACUUCUGUACACAUGGGGUACUCUGCAGAUGUGCUGAGGUGAUAGCCACAGAGUCCUAUGGGCAGGACCUACUGUCAUCUCCUCUUCACAGAGGGGGAAACUGAGGCUCAGAGGGCAACAGGCGGGAUGUAGAGACAAGACUGGAACCCAGGACCCCCAAUCCUCUUCUGGGCUCGGUAGCCUGGGCUGGCCGCUGGCAUGGGUCCAGCCCCUCCCAACAAACUCAAAGCCACAGCCGGGCGAUGGCCAGGCUGGGCGGAACCGUGGGUGUCCCUGGUGCCCCAAGGUGCCAAUUAAAUGCUCGUGGCUGUCUGGGGCCAGAGCUCUGGACAGCGGCAUGGCCGAGCCGGGGCUGGAGCCCAGGCUGGAGCCUGGGCGCGCCUGGCGGGUCUUUGCCCUGUGCGGGGCUGCUGUGUUCCUCGCAGUGGUGGCAGCUGGAGCAGCCUUGCUGGCCUGGAAUCUGGCCGCCUCGGCCUCCCGGAGGCCUCGCUGCCCAGAACCAGGAACCAACAUCACAGAGCUGCCUGAGGACCCGGCACCUGAAGUCAAGGAUCUGCAGCGCCAGCUGGCAGAGGCUGCCCAGCGUGAGGAGGCCCUGACCAGGCAGCUGAACCAGGCUGAAGUUGUUCGCCGGGAGCUGGAGGAGGCCUUAAAGGCUUGUGAGGGCCACCAGAGUCAGCUUCAGACCCAACUGAUGACACUGAAGACCGAGAUGGACGAGGCCAAGGCACAGGAGACUCAGAUGGGGGCUGAGAAUGGGGCGCUGACAGAAGCCCUGGCGCGCUGGGAGGCAGCGGCCACAGAGUCUGCGCAGCGGCUGGACGAGGCGCAGCGGCGCGCAAGCGCGGCGGAGGCCGAGGGCGAAGCCUGCGCAGCCCGCGAGGCGGCGCUGCGGAAGCGAUUUAACGCCCUGGAAGCCCAGACGGGCCCCCAGCGCAGAGUGCCACACUCCCGGACCCGCUCGGGGUCCCGACCUCGGCCCAGCCCCCGCUCGCGCUCUCGUCCGGGAACCUCGGGGGGCUGCCGGCGGCCAGCGCGGCGCGCACGAGGGUGAGUCAGCCCUCAGCAGGAUGAGGGCUCGAGGACAGGAGGACAGACACUGGGGGCCCUGCGGGGACAAGUGUAGAGGUGCCCACGCUGGAUAAGGUGCUCAGUCGACAACCAUCAACGCUCGACUUCUGACCCAGCAGCCGCCCUUAAUGGAAACCGCGAGAAAGAAGAUUCGACCCUCUCUCCCUGACCAUCUAGUGCUUAUUCUACAGACAGGGAAACUGAGGUCCAUUUGGUCACCAGGUGAGAUAGUGCAGAGCUGGGAUUUAAUCCCCUCUAAGGACAGCGUUGCCCUCAUCUCACAGACAUGAGCACUUAGGGUCCAGCCUGGCCCAGGAGUGACCAGCAGGGGUCACUCCUCCUCUCUGGUCCUCACUCUACCUUGUCUUUAAAAUGAGUGUUUGGAAUCAUGAGAACCAGCAGAUCCUUGACACUAAAAGCUGACAAAGAUGGCACAAUGGGAAAACCAGAGACCUCCCUCACCCUACCGCAUAAGGAGGGUACAAAACUGCCAAAUCAAAUUGUAUCAGAAAACAAAGUAACACAUUUUUAAAAUAUGCCAUAACAAAGAGACAUGCCUGAGAUGCAGAGAUGACUUAAUAUUUGGAAGUCUGUUAAUAAAAUUCGCC